CAUGUUGCCCCACGGACGCAAAGAGCCGAAGUUGGACACCAAGAAGACGUUGUACGAGUUGAACGAGGUUGCUGAGUUGUACAACUGUAACAACAUCAUGUUCUUCGAGGCCAGAAAACACACCGACUUGUACUUGUGGUUGUCAAAGCCACCUAAUGGGCCAACUAUCAAGUUUCACUUACAAAACAUGCACACUACCGACGAAUUGAACUUUACCGGCAACUGUUUGAAGGGCUCCAGACCAAUCUUGUCGUUCGACCAGACCUUCGAGGACGCUCCCCACACCAAGUUGAUCAAGGAGAUGUUCAUUCACACCUUCGGGGUCCCACCGAACGCCAGAAAGUCCAAGCCGUUCACCGACCACGUCAUGUCCUUCAGCAUUGUCGACGGCAAGAUCUGGGUCAGGAACUACCAGAUCAACGAGUCCGCCGCCGAGAAGGAGAACGAGGCGCAGGAGGAGAUUGAGGAGAUGAACUUGGUCGAAAUCGGGCCAAGAUUCGUCAUGACUGUCAUCACCAUCUUAGAGGGCUCCUUUGGGGGACCAAAAAUCUACGAGAACAAGGAGUACGUCUCGCCAAACUUUGCCAGAGCUCAGGCUAAGCAACAGCAGGCCGAGGAAGCCAGAGCCAGAUCCGACGCCGCCAUGAACUUGAAGAUUAAGAAGAGAGACAACGUCAUGGAGGCCGAUCCGUUGAGUAACACUGUGUUGUUCGAAGACGAAUAAACGGCGGAGUGACUGUGUAUAUUAUAAUGUUUCAGACAAUAUCCUGGGCUGUAAGCGAAGUUACCAUCGUUAUAAAAACUGAAUGGAAGAUAAAGAG